UCCCCAUCAGGGCAGAAGGGUGGAGGCUGUGUAAACGUACCAUUCUGAGUUUGAGAGAGAGAGAGAGAAGGAUAAGACUGAAGGUGGACACACACAUGCAAAACAGGGACAUAAGUUACAGCUGUGAUUGCAUACUAUUCCGGGACACAUCUAUGGUAUGCAGCAUUCAGAUGUCAUCAUCUAUAUGCUGGAGCACCACACCUGAAACCUCGAACUAAGAAGCCUUUCAUUUGCAGCAGUAACCUGGGCGGGUCUCAGAAAAGCAGCCAAGCCUGGUGGAUCAUAGCGUGCGCAUAAUUAGUGGGUAGCGUGUGGGAGCUCUCAUGGCUUUGGCAGACCACCAGUGUGAGCGACACCCCACAGGUGCCCACCAACACAUCCACCCUCAAUGCCCUGUCCAUAGCCCACAAGCAGAGGAAGUAAAAAACAGUGCCAUACGCAAGGGCUUGAGCAGACAUCGAGAUUACGUGAAGAUCUCUGUACCUGACGGCAAGGGCAAGCCUCCACCCAUGGAGUGGUGGAAGACGGUGAUUGCGUUCAUAUACGCAGCGUUCAACCUGGUGCUGACAACGGUGAUGAUCACAGUGGUGCAUGAGAGAGUCCCUGCGAAGGAGGCCAGCCCGCCACUGCCGGAUAAGUUCUUCGACUACGUGGACCGUGUGAAGUGGGCUUUCACAGUGACGGAAGUGAAUGGGAUGCUGCUGGUGGGGAUUUGGUCUAUACAAUGGCUCUUCCAUAGAUAUCGGGCCAUCUUGGGUAGGAGGUUCUUCUUCCUAAUGGGCACUUUGUACCUGUAUCGCUGCAUCACCAUGUACGUCACCACCCUGCCUGUGCCUGGCAUGCACAUGUCCUGUGCCCCAAAGCUUUAUGAAGACUCACAGGCAAAGCUACAACGAGUUCUACAGCUGAUCUCUGGAGCUGGUCUGUCCAUCACUGGUUCCCACAUCAUGUGUGGUGACUUCCUGUACAGCGGCCACACGGUCAUGCUUACCCUCACCUAUCUGUUCAUCAAGGAGUACUCCCCACGCUCGUUCUGGUGGUAUCAUUUGCUCUGCUGGCUCCUUGCUGCAGUGGGUGCAGUGUGUAUCCUUGUGGCUCAUGAGCACUACACUGUGGAUGUGGUGGUGGCGUAUUUCAUCACCUCCCGCCUCUUCUACUGGUACCACACCAUGGCCAAUGUGCAGGCUCUAAAGUGUUCGCCAAACAGCUACCUCACCCACACAUGGUGGAACCCCAUUUUCAACUUCCUGGAGCGUAACGUGCAGUCACAAGUGCCUUGUUCGUUCUGCUGGCCGCCAACGUGGCCUCCAGCCUGCCUGAAGAACCCGUGUAAAAAAUACUCCAUGGUGCAGAGUGUUCGUGAGGAGUGACUGUCACAUCUUCACCUCCACACUGUUAUUGUUCUUUACAAUUACUACAACAUUGUAUUUCCUUUAUUUAUUAACAUUUGUAACCUUGCAUAUCAGUAAUACCAAAGACUUUGUGAAGGGGUUGGGAGAAUUCAAUG